AUGAAAUCGAUUAGCGACCAGCUGUUGAUUUUAAAGAAUCCCCCGCUUUCAUGGUUUGGUAGGAAAAAUAUAGUCACUUCACUGGUGUUACCUAGACUGACCUACUUACAACAGGUCUUGCCUAUUCCAGUCCCCAAAACAUACUAUGUCAGACUUAAAAGAGAAAUUAGCAAGUUUGUUUGGGAUGGGAAGAGGGCUCGACUAGCUUGCUCUGUUCUCUGUAGACCCAAAGAUAAAGGAGGGAUUGGACUCCCAGAUCCUGAGCUUUAUGGGAAAGCUGUGUCAUUAUCGAGAGUAGUGGACUGGCUGACAGGCCCUAUAGAAAAGCCCUGGGUCUUCAUGGAACAGUGUGAAUUUGGAUCGAGUAUCUCAGGCCUUUUGGUGGGAAUGGAAAAAUUCCCUGCCCAAAAUAAAUCACUUAAUCCAAUCGUAAGGGCGACGUUGUCGACAUGGAAUUGGCUCCAGAAUACACAGUACAUGAUUCCCCUCCCUUCACCUCUACUUCAGAUAAGAGACAUCAUAGCUCAUGCUUCUUCAGACUUAAGAGACUGUUUACCUAUAUCAAUUAGGAAUUCCACUAUCGAAAUUAUUUCCCUAUUUGGGGAUGAGGGAAGGACAAAUCUGACUGUGGUAACAGAGUUUCUCCUCUUAGGAUUUCAAAGCAGCCAACUUUUGAGAAAUCUUCUAUUUCUUCUGUUCCUUGUUGUUUUUCUUGCCACAAUAUGUGGGAACCUCCUGAUCAUCAUCCUGGUGUCCACCACCAAGAACCUCAACACCCCAAUGUAUUUCUUCAUCUCACAACUGUCCAUCAGUGACAUCUUAUUAUCCACAAAUAUUGUCCCCAACCUGCUCCACAUCCUACUGAAUAAUGGAGGAACCGUCAGUGUUAUUGGUUGUAUGACUCAGUUAUAUCUUUUUGAUUGCACUGAAGGACUAGAGUGUUUUCUUCUCGCUGUGAUGUCUUAUGACAGAUAUGUGGCCAUCUGUAAUCCCCUUCGUUACUCCUCCGUCAUGACGAAUAGAUUUUGUGUUACAUCAAUCAUUAUUAGUUGGUUGAUGGGUAAUGUUGUUUUAUUCAUUGUUACGAUAACAUCAUCAAAACUAAACUUUUGUGGGUCAAAUAUCAUCGACCAUUUAUUCUGUGACUUUGUCCCCUUACUAGACCUGUCCUGUUCUGACACCUUCUCUGUUCACUUGGAGAUUUUUGUUUUGGCAGUUCCGUCUGUAAUGGUCCCAUCUUCAAUCAUUGUAGUGUCUUAUAUUUACAUUGUGAUAUCAGUCUUAAGGAUCCCAUCCAGUACUGGUAGACAGAAAGCCUUCUCUGCCUGUAGCUCCCACCUCAUUGUGGUCUCCAUUUUUUACUGGACUAUAUUUAGUGUUUAUGUUUUCCCUAAGAGAGAAGAAACUUGGGUCAGUAGUAAAAUCCUCUCCCUGUUGUAUACUGUAUUUUCUCCAUUUAUUAACCCCAUUAUAUACAGUCUGAGGAAUAAAGACAUUAAGAAAGCCAUAUAG